AUGCUGGAAGUCGCUGCUUCGUUGAGGGAUAUAGAAGCUAGCUUGACAUAUUUCGAUAACCUGAGCAUUCUCGUGCAGGAGUCUGAACUGGCAUUUGACUUCGGCUUCAUAUUCGACAUGGUGUCGCUGAUAGAUGGAAUUCACUCCGACGCCAAUGGUAAGGGUCGACAGUGGCCCGCUGAGGUAAAGCCAGAGAUUGAGCUUCUGCCUGAGGACAGCAGCAAUGAUCUUCAUUUCGAUGUUUUUACUUUGCAUCCGACUAGGGUGUUCGUGUCGUUCUCUCCGGGCAGCACCGAACAGAAAUUCCUGAAGGACUACAGUCUGGUGUAUCGUGUAUUAGCAUCGAUGUCAGCAGUGGACCAUUCCCCGGUGCAAUUGAACGCAUUGAUCCUAUACAGUCUAAGUGUUAGCCGUAGUUCUCUCCAUACCAUAAUAGCAGAACAUUAUAAGCAUCAAUUGUUCCGGGAGCUCCGAACGAUUAUGGGAUCGGCCGAUGCUAUUGGGAAUCCUAUAGGUCUGUUCAAUCACGUCAGUCAGGGGAUUUCAGAUCUAUUCUACGAGCCUUACUCGGCCAUUAUGAAUGUUCAAAGCGCUGGUGAUGUUCUGAGUGUUGCUGGUGGUACGGCGAAGGGAGCGCGGUCGUUCGUGCGGAAUACAGCUUUCGGUGUGUUCAACUCCUUGGGAAAGAUAGCAGGGACAGCAGCACAGACCAUGAGUGUCCUCACACAGGACGACGAAUUCCAGCAAGACCGCCAACGGUUUGCUCAGCGUAAUAGGCCAGUCCAUAUGGGGGACGGUGUUGCUGUUGGUGCUGCAUCGUUUGGUAGAGGUAUACUCUCGGGUAUCUCUGGCCUUGUACUGAAACCGGUGGAGGCGGUUGAACAAGAGGGUAUCAACGGCCUCGGCAAGGGUAUCCUUCGUGGUGUGGGAGGACUAGUUACCAAGCCUAUGGUGGGCUUCCUGGACUUCACUCGUAGCACGGCAGAAGGCGUUACUGCUACUACUGGUGCUGCUACGUCGAAGAAUGCUGGAGCUAUGGCUAAGAGAAUGAGGCUUCCUAGAAUGCUCUAUGGCGAUGACAUGGUUAUCAGGAGGCACGUCGGGGAUAUUAUACCGGUCAUUGGUGAGCUCUAUUGUUUUAGUUAUAAUCCGGAGCAUGCGGUGCUGCGAUCCUUCUUGGCAACAGUAGACGGUGUACCGGCGGACUUCCCCUAUGCAGCUCAUCAAUUCGACGAGCAGGGCCGUCGCCUGAUAAUAACAGGGAAUAGGUAA